GGCAACCUAUGACACGUCUUGUUACAGCAAUAUGGCGGCGCCCAUGGACGAAGUCUGUUAUGUACCGAUAUUCUCGAUGAUUUUCUGAGUGAUUUACUACAUAGAGUUUAAAAACAGAAAGAUUAAACAUGCUAAUGUAGUUUGCAUAUUUUUGCUUCCAUUUUUACCGAAUCUGAGAUAAGCAGUCUCAUGUAAUGGAUCCAAUUACAAUGCUAGGCCUAAGCCUGGGCCUUCUGAUAUUGUCAACAGGACGUUUCGCGGAGGGGAAGACUGUCCGUGGUGUCGUUAGUACGCAUUCGUCCCAAGCCAGUCAUACCCAGUACAUCACACGGUUUUGUUUCCACGGAGAGACUGCUAUGGUAAGGUAUGAAUUGAACACAACCCUGGUUGGAGGACGUCUUUACUUCUUUCUUGAUAGCAGAUGGGAGAAUACGCAGCAAACAGAUAAUUGUAUAGAGAAACUUGGCAAGGCAAAAUUCAGUGUGCCUUUGAAUGGAACAGAAGGUAAUCAUACAAUACCGCAUUUUAUCACGUCACAAAUUUGGCACGUCACUUACGGAGACUUGCUGACCUGCAACAUUAACAAGCCAAUGGCCCACCACAACUAUGCCACCUACAAACUUGAGUUCUUCAACCCAGAUGUUGAAGGCAAUCCUAUGGAUCACUUCAGUGAUGAAGAGACAGGUCUUUUAGGUUUUUAUCAGCUGCUUACUAUGUUGUACUUUGUAUUAGGAUGCAUCUGCUUCUCAUCUUUAUAUGAAACAUUGGCCAAGAGAGGGCCUAUGCAUGAGGUAUUGUCAAUAUUGACUACAGUGUUAAUCUUACAAGCUCUGUGUUCUGUUUGUAUGUUUAUACAUCUUUACUCUUAUUCACGAGAUGGAGAGGGCACCCCAUUCAUUGAAAGUAUAGGACAAUUACUGGAUAUCGCUGCCCAGUUCAAUAUGCUUUACCUGCUACUUAGUUUGUCUGUUGGGUGGACACUUGGUAAUUUUAAAACUAAUCUGAACUCGCAAGUGUGGAAGUCAAGCACACUAUCAAGAGUUUUAGCUUUGCUUGCCAUAACACAGGGUGUUCUUGUGAUUAUGGACCAAAUGUGGUAUGCAGAGCAUUCCUUUUAUCACACUCACCAAGAUCUUACUGGUGUGCUCCUCAUAGUGAUCCGUAUAGUCCUUGCCAUCCUCUUCUCUGGCAACCUCUACCAGACGGUCUCUAAAGAACGUAGUGCUAUGAAAAGGAACUUCUACAUCAGUUUCUGCAAGUAUUGCCUAGUAUGGUUUCUAAUAUAUCCUUUGUUAAUUGUCACUUCAUUUGUCUUUGCGGAGCAUAUACGAAACAAGUUUAUAACUAUAGGUGUAGUCUCAUCGCAGUCUCUUGCAGUUCUUCUCUUAUAUCGCUUGUUUCUGUCUCGGAGUCUAUACUGGGAGAUAUCAUCAUUAUCAUCUGCAACCUUGCCUCUACGUAUGGACAAAAGCUUUGGAAUCAAACUGUAUUCCAAAUAAUUAUAUAGCUAAACUUUUCAUUAGGAAUAUAGAUACAUUUUUGUACGUAAAAUUUACUGUUCAAUGUUGAGUAUGUUACAUAUUUAUGCUACGUCUGAUGAAAGCAACAGGGAAGAAAUUUUUUUUAUUAUGCAAAAUGUCGAAAAAUGUGAUUUUUUGAUUUAUGAAUCGCUGUUUACUAAAGGUAUUUUUUAUCCAUCCAUGUAAAGAUACGUCUGUCAGUAAAAAAAUGUAUGCAGCGCAUACUGAAAAGGAAUACUGUAACAAAAAAAAUUAAUAUACAAUGGUGGGCACAGGCAGUGCACCCUUCGCUCGCGGCAAUGCGUUCCACAUUCACUUACUACCUGUGUGGGUAAAAAGUUAAGAAGAAUCUUGACCCACGGGCAGAUCAGUCGAAUUUUUCUGUAUUUUUCCAGCCAUAACGACUGCCAUAAUCAGUAAGGUACAUAUGAAUAUAAAUAUAAAAAAAAGAAAAGAUGACAUUGAA